UACAGAGAUGAGAUAGCAGGUUGCAGUGAGAAAGCUUAUGACUCCCUGUCUGUUGCUGAUGCGAAGAAAAUUCUGAUGUUUUCUUCUGAUCAGGAGCUUUCUACUUAUAUCGAAGAGGAUCAUCCUGAAUGGGAAAUCAAGAAUGGCUUUGUGUUCUUUCAGAAAGCUAAAGAUUCGCAACCGUGCAAGGAGAUACCUUCUUUGCAACUGAUCAACCAGACAUUAAGCUAUGCAAGAGAGCUGGAGCGGAUUGUUUGAAGCUUUCACCACAACAUAAUUUAGUUUUCACUGACGCUUCAAA